AUGGGCGAUCGCGAUAGGGAUAUCGAGGAGGGCAACGAGGCGCUUGAUCCCGAGCUGCUCUACACCAAGGAGUACUGCAUCGGUGGAGGAAGCUUUGGCAAGGUCUACAAGGGAGUCGACAAGCGCACCGGUCACGCCGUAGCCAUCAAGAUUAUUGAUAUCGAGAGUGCCGAGGACGAAGUCGAAGACAUUAUCCAGGAAAUCGCCAUCCUGUCCGAACUGCAGUCCCCCUAUGUUACGAAAUACUACGGCUCGUAUGCCAAGGGGGCGGAACUAUGGAUUGUCAUGGAGUUUUGUUCUGGCGGAAGCUGCGCAGACCUCAUGAAGCCAGGUCUGAUUGGCGAAGACUACAUUGCCAUCGUUAUUCGCGAGCUGCUACUCGGUCUCGAUUACUUGCACACGGAUAAGAAGCUGCACCGCGAUGUCAAAGCUGCCAAUGUACUACUCAGCUCCAACGGGCAGGUUAAACUCGCAGAUUUUGGCGUUUCGGGGCAGCUCUCGGCUACCAUGACGAAGAAGAAUACUUUUGUCGGCACACCUUUCUGGAUGGCCCCGGAGGUCAUCAAGCAGUCAGGGUACGAUCAUAAAGCUGACGUCUGGUCGCUUGGUAUCACGGCGCUGGAGCUUGCCAACGGCGAGCCACCGUAUGCUGAUAUCCACCCCAUGAAGGUGUUAUUUCUAAUCCCCAAGAACCCCCCACCACGGCUGGAAGGAAACUUUACAAAAGCAUUCAAAGAUUUCAUCGAGGUGUGUUUGCAGAGGGACCCCAAGGACCGACCUACGGCCAAGGACCUGCUCAAGCAUCCGUUUAUACGCCGCGCAAAGAAGACGAGCUACCUGACCGAGCUUAUCGAGCGCCACAGCCGGUGGGCUGCGACGCACAAGGGCGACGAUGACGAGAGUGACCAAGGGGGUGAAGAAUACUACGAGCGCCGGCAGGUCGACGAGGACAUGUGGGAUUUCGGCACAGUGAGGCUUGUAGGAGAUCGUGGCGGCGUCGUUCCUCGUCCCGGACUUGGUGCUCUGGACGAGUCUGCCACCAACGCCAGAGCUGCGAGAUCUACGGAAAGCAUAGAUGAUUACGGAGAGCGUUCGAGAGACAGCAGUCCGACCAAGAUUCGCGACUUUGGCCGAGACCUCGCCAUCGCCUCUGAUACCCUCAAGGCCGCCAGUGCCAACACGGGGACCUCUCGACAGGCAUCGCCGCAAAGGAAACCAGUGCCGUCAGUUGCGCCUGCGCUCCAGUCGCCGGCCAAGGUGCCUCUUCCAAUGUCACCUGAGAAGUUGCAAAGAGGAGGAGGAGGGGGUCCAGAGACACCGCGACCCGUCUCUCGAUUGAUUCCUCCUGCCGUCCCGGUCAGUCAAUCUCCGGACUACGACCGAGAAUUGCAGGUUCAGUUGCAGAAGGACAUGGGCUUGAUGAGUCUAGGCCCUGUGAUUCAGCCAGCCGACUUGCAACAACUCGAUGAUGCUACACCCCCGCGACCCCCUCUCCAUGGGCCUCGACCAAACAAGUUUGCACCGAUUACUCUUCCAGAAAUCCCACCAUACCGCGGCAGCCCGCAGGCGCAACAAACGCCGGUCAGGAUACCGAGCCAAUCUCCGAAUGGGCAACAUCGUCAACCGUCUGGCCAGGCGGCGCCGCUUCCACCACCAAAGGCAUACGCGCUGCCCUCAAAGACGCAGACACCUACUCCUGAACCCGCGGCUCCUUCAUCCUUUCCCUCGCCAGCGCCGUCUAACCCCAACGGGGAGUUGGACGCCUUGAACGAUGUCAUUUUCCCUGCACUAGAGGAGGCGCUAAAGAGGAGACAAAUUAGGCUGCAACAGGCAUUCCGACCUCAACAGGGUUCGUCUAGCCUCGUGGCCAUGAACCAGGUGACCCCAAAGCAACAACGAGCGGAGGCGGCUCACGAGAAGCUGCGAAAGCUCGUAUAUAAGCUCGCUCAUGUGUGUAAAGAGAUUGACCACUAUGACAAGGCGGAGCCCGUGGGUAUGGGCAGGGACGUCGGCACCUUCCUGGAGGGGCUGUUAGAGGAAAUUCUCGUCAGGGUUGAACCCCUCGACGAGGAGGAUGUUGCGGCGUGA